GUUUCUCACGAUGACGUAACACACAAAAACAUGGUUCCCUUGUUUUGGACCUGUGAGGCGUGCUACAUGCUACGCGAGGAGAUGCUCUUUCGAGUCUAAAGCAAGUAGAAGAGACUUCUUCUUCAAGCAGGCGAUGUCUCAGGCCGGGGAAAGGUGUGCCGAGUCCGGCCGCCGGCUGCGCGCCAUCUGCCGGCGGCUGUACGACGAGAAUGAGGACCUGUCUGACGUGGAGGAGAUGGUCAACAUCCGAGGCUUUAGCGUGGAGGACAAACUGGCCAGCAACAACUACGCUGCCAACUUUGUGCGUAUCAUGGAAGCCAAAGACUUUACCUAUGAGUACGUACAACGAGAGGCCCUAAAGGUUCCACUUAUUUUCAAAGAGAAAGAAGGACUAGGGAUCAUAAUGCCUGAUCCGGAAUUCACUGUGUCGGAAAUUAAAGGCUUGGUUGGUAGCCGUCGCUCAGUGGACGUGAUGGACGUGAGCACUCAGAAAGGCUCAGAAAUGAGCAUGGCCCAGUUCGUGCGAUACUACGAGACGCCGGAAGAAGAACGUGACAAACUGUUCAAUGUGAUCAGUUUGGAGUUCAGCCAUACUAAGCUGGAGAAUCUCAUCAAGAGACCAACUGUGGUUGAUCAAGUCGACUGGGUGGACAACAUGUGGCCUUCAUAUCUGAAACAGAGCCAAACAGAAGGCACCAAUAUGAUCUCAGAGAUGAAAUAUCCCAAAGUGCAAAGAUAUUGUUUGAUGAGUGUAAAAGGCUGCUAUACCGACUUCCACAUUGAUUUCGGGGGAACCUCAGUGUGGUAUCAUGUCUUCAAGGGGCAAAAAGUGUUCUGGCUAGUGCCUCCGACGCUCCACAACCUAGCUCUGUACGAGGACUGGGUGUUAUCGGGAAAGCAGAGCGACGUUUUCCUCGGAGAUCGUGCUGACGGCUGCCAGAGAGUAGAACUCAGGCAGGGAUAUACUUUUUUCAUCCCGUCUGGGUGGAUUCAUGCAGUGUACACUCCCGAGGACACGCUGGUCUUCGGCGGCAACAUUCUGCACAGCUUUAACAUCCCUAUGCAGCUCACCAUCCACGAGAUCGAAAACCGGACAAAGGUUCACUCCAAAUUCCGUUUCCCCUUCUACUACGAGAUGUGUUGGUACGUCUUGGAGAGAUACAUGCACUGCUUGACCAAACGGUCCUACCUUUCUCAGGAGAUCAAGAAGGAGCCUUUAUUCAUCGACUACGAGACAAAAGCCAACGUGGGGAGCCCGUUUUCUGACUCAAGAAGUCAGGACAACGAAGAGGACUGGUGUCUUUCACAGCUCACGGAUGACCUGAAUGAAAAACCAGAGCACCCGAAAGCCAGUUUGUUCGCCAACGUUGAGGACUGUUAUUCCGUCUCCAACACGACGGACUUCCCGUCUGAAUCGUUGACCUCGGAAUUGCAAAAUAAGUGGACUCAUCUGACGGAAUUUGAAAUCAACGGACUGAAGAGGCUGGUGGAAAAGCUGGAGUCUCUACCGGAACAUAAGAAAUGUGUUCCCGAGGGAUUGGAGAACCCACUAGGCCUUCUGGAGGACAUGAAAGUUCUCUUAAAGGAACAUGCCAAUGAUGACCCCAAAUUAGCCAUCACUGGACUUCCGGUUGUGUUCUGGCCAAAGAAAACUAUGAAGGCCCGGCCUCCCCAACGACCCAAACCCAAGAUGGCGGCCUCUCCGGCGACGGCCCCUAAGCCGACUUCGGGCCGCGGCGGCACCAGCACAUCGGGUGCCAGGAGGAGGCGUACCCGCUGCCGCAAAUGCGAGGCCUGUCUGCGAAGUGAGUGCGGCGAGUGCCACUUCUGUAAGGACAUGAAAAAAUUUGGCGGGCCGGGACGGAUGAAGCAGUCGUGCAUCAUGAGACAGUGCAUCGCGCCCGUCCUGCCGCACACAGCAGUGUGUGCGGUCUGCGGGGAAGCAGGCAAGGAGGACACUGUGGAGGAAGAUGAGGAGAAGUUCCACCUGAUGCUGAUGGAGUGCUCCAUCUGCAACGAGAUCGUUCACCCUCGCUGUUUAAAGUUGACCGAUUCCAGCGGCGUUGUCAAUGACGAGUUGCCCAACUGCUGGGAAUGUCCCAAAUGUAACCAUGCUGGCAAAACUGGGAAACAAAAACGGGGACCCGGAUUCAAGUACGCGUCAAAUCUUCCCGGGUCACUGCUGAAGGAAUCGCGUCCGUGCCGGGACGUUAAAGAAGAGCCCGACGUUCCCUCGCCUUCCUCGGCCUUUUACGCCAAGCGGAAAGCCGAACGGGAAGAGGAAUUUCCCAAGAAACGACCCCCUCUGCUGUCCUUGGAUGGUUCGCCACGCUCCAGACAGGAGGAAAACCCCCUGAGGAAGAAGAGGAAGCUGUUUGACACGCAAGAUGAACCUGUCGAUGUCAAAAGGAAGUUCCCAAAACUGGACGAACCUUUGACCGCGAAGCUGUUGCGACACAUCAAAACGGAAAACGAGCAGGAAGACGGAUUCUCCUUGCACCGGAUCCACUUCAAGGCCCAAAAGGUGUUGGACGGCCGGGAGGAAGAUGAUGACAAGGAGGAGGAAAAGAAUGACAAAUCUAAAGUGUUGCGGAGUCCUCCGAGGAGAACGUUGACAACUGAGCAGACCAAAAACACCUCCGUGGUGGGAUCAAGCAGCGAGGAGGAUGAGGAGAGGACCUCAGAGAUGUCUUCACCAAAUUUAAAGGCUCGAUAUCAACGCAGACACCUCAAGUCUGAAGACGGAGUCGACCGCCAGAACAGCUCGGUGGACCAGCUUCAAAAUAAGCUGAAGUCGGAAGACGGCACCGCCAAAACCGAAGUGACCAAUAGAAACAGAAAGACGGCCAAAACCGAGGACCUCCCGUCCAAUCAAAACAACAGGACGUUCAAGGCGGAGCCCGAUAAUGACGUUGCGGCGUCCGAUCCGAAAUGGCCUCUGAACAAUGGCAGCAGCGACCUCGGAGGCUGGUUGCGACACAGACGGGAGACAAACGGGACGCCGCGGCGCCACUCACCGCUCAGGUGGAACCGAAACCCCACCGCGGGGCCACUCGCUCCCCGCCCGCUCCCUUGCCGCUCGCCGCCCAAAUGCGUUCAAAUGGAGCGCCACGUUAUCAGACCGCCUCCGAUCAGCCCGCCACCUGAUAGGCUCCCACUUAACGACGGGAAGGAGCACAUCAUCCGGCGCGAGGCCUGGAUGUCAGUUUUCGCUCACCUGGCACUUAGAGAUCUCUGCGUGUGUAUGCGCGUGUGCAGGACGUGGAACCGAUGGUGCUGCGACAAGAGGCUGUGGAAGCGCAUUAAUCUGACCCGCUGUAAAUCCAUAACUCCUCUAAUGCUUAGCGGGAUCAUCCGGAGACAACCGGUCACUCUGGAUUUGAGUUGGACCAACAUCUCCAAGAAGCAACUCAGCUGGCUAAUCAACAGACUGCCAGGUUUGCGAGUGCUCCUUUUGUCGGGGUGCUCUUGGGCGGCCGUCUCCGCUCUCUGCACCUCCUGCUGUCCUCUCCUGAGAACGCUGGACGUUCAGUGGGUGGAGGGACUGAAAGACGCCCAGAUGAGGGACCUGUUGUCUCCCACAACUGAUAACAGGCCAGGCCAACUGGACAACCGUAGCAAGCUGCGCAAUGUGGAAGAUCUCCGUCUGGCCGGUCUGGAUGUGACAGACACGACGCUGCGCCUCAUUAUCCGCCACAUGGCCGCACUGUCCAAGCUGGACCUUAGCUACUGUAACCAUGUCACCGACCAUUCCGUCAACAUCCUGACUGCUGCCGGGACCACCACCCGGGACUCCCUGACUGACGUCAAUCUCUCAGUGUGCAACAGAGUAACCGACCAAUCACUGAGCUACUUCAAACGUUGCGGCAGCAUCCGACGCAUCGACCUGCGCUUCUGCAAGCAGGUGAGCAAAGAGGGCUGCCGGCGCUUCGUGGCCGAGAUGUCAGUCAGCGUCCAGUUCGAGCUGAUCGACGACAAGCUGCUGCAGAGGAUCCAAACUGACGCCUGCGAUUAGCGCGGACGCCACACCCGAGGAAUAGCGGCACUGUGUGUUGUGUCCUCGCAAACUACUGAGCCAGAAUGUAAAGAACAUUUACAUAACGUGUCAAAAGUUUACACACACCUUCCCAUUCUAUAGCACGAGGAAGCGUCUCUAAACCUUUGACUUUUUUUUUUGUUUUAUUUAUUCCAUUUCUUUCAAAGAGUUGACUAUUUUUGUAGCACAAAGCCUUUACUACUUUCAUGUACAGUAUUAUACUACUGAUAUUGAUAAUCAAUACACAGUGUUAGUUUUUUUCCGUUUUAUAUUUAUUUAAGCAUACUUGUGUUAAUGUUGCGUGUAAAGUUUGUUAAUUGUACCUAUUACACAAAUGCCGACACUAGAGUGUAAAAAGUAUGGAGACCCCCAGGUGCCAGGGUAAAAAAAAAAAAAAAACAUAGUUUAUCUGUGCCCACAGUUUAGUCAUUUGUACCCACAUUUUACUAAUCUGUAAAUACAGUUUUGUAUUCUGAAUCUACAGAUAACUAAACUGUUCCCACAUUUUAGUAAUUAGUACCCACAACUGUGCCCACAGUUUAGUCUUUUCAUAGGUAAUCUCUACCCACAGUACAGAUUAUUAAACUUUAUAGCUAGUCUGUAACAACAUUUUAGUAAUCUGUGGGUACAGUUUAGCAAUCCGUACACACAGAUGACUAAACUGUACCCACAGUUUAGUAAUACAUACAGAUUACUAAAGUUUACAACUAAUCUGUACCCACAUUUUAGUCCUCUGUGGAUACAGAAGACCAAACUGGGUACAGUUUAGUAAUCUGCACCCAAAUAUUACUAAACUGUACCCACAAAUUCCUAAACCGUGUGUACAGGUUACUAAUCUGUGGGUACAGAUUAGCUAUGAAAUAUAGUUUUUUCUACCUGGUACCUGGGGAGCGCCGUAAAAAUGUGUAUGCAAGUGCAGAUAAAUAAAUUAGAAUGAGAUGGAAAACAUUUUGUUAUAAAACUUUCACUCAAAAAAAUUGACCGUCUUCUGUCACUGGAAGACAAAACUGAUUCAACCUUUUUCCAUUUUUUACUUAUCAGCAAUAUAACAUGGGUUUCAAUAAAAUCACACUAUUUCUCCCAGGAAAGCGGUGUAUUUCUGCCAUCUGCUGGUAGUUAUGUGCUAGUAAAAUUGUUUCCAUGCUUGAAAUUCGACUAUUGCAGUAAAAAGUCAAAAAAUAUCUAAUUUAUUGACAUGCACUUGUAUUUAUGCAGCGCUGGAAGAAACCAUAAACAAAUCGUGGAAUUUUUGCAAAUAUUGUCAUUUAGUGCAUUUAUUCGAAGUGGGGAAUAAAUACCCCAAAAGUCUUUUUUUUUUUUCCAGAGCUGUAUUUUGUUUUCUCAAAUUCUUGUGGUCAUUCCUCUGUAAUAUGUGAAGAAGGUAUACUAGCAUGCACACAUAAGAAUUAGUUUGAAGGCACUAACACAAAAGAACGAUUCCAUUUAUUCGUGAAAAUGUGCAAAAGAAAAACUUCAGUUAGCUUGAUACUUUUUGUUUUUCCACCUUGUGCCAUUUGAAGAACCUGCAGAAUUUUGUAAGUUUUUUAUCUUGACUCAUAGGAAAUGAAGUCUACGACGGAGUACAAGUGUCACACAAAGAAAGAAAAAUAAAAUAACAUUGCGAGAAUAGUCAUUGUAUGAUGAGAUUAAUAUAAUAUUACGGGACUAAAGUCAUAAAACUACCUAACUACGUAAUAUUACGAGAGCAAAUAGGCAAUUUUUCGUAAAAAAUAAAAAUGAGAUUAAAGUUAUGUAUCUUUUCGCAACAUGCAUAUAUGUAGUGUGGCUAAUUUAGCAAAGUUAGCUUAAUAUUUCUUAAAGUAGCUAAUAUUUCACCCUUAUAUUGAUUAUAAUUCGAUGUAAAUGUGCUAAAAGUUAAAUAUUUCCUCGUCUGCGAAACUAAUCCUAAAUUACGUCAUGAGAAGCGCAUAAAGUAUGUAGCCGCUAAUUUAGCUAAAGCAGCGAAAUUAGCUUAAUAUGUAAAGUAGCUAAGACUGCGUGAAUUAAUCUUAUUGUGGCUGGGAGCGACGAUUGUGUAUCGUGUCAAAAGAUGAAGUAUUUCUUUAUUAGAAGCGCUACGUAAAGUACGUAGCUGCUAAUUUAGCUAAAUUAGCCGACUGCACCUAUACAUGAUGAAAUGAUACUUAGUUUAAUGGCUUUUAUCUAGUAAUAUAAAUUUUAAAGUAAUAUUUAAAAUUACGUAAAAUGACGUAAUAUGUAAAAUUAAGUAGUAAAACGACUUUGGUCCCAUAAUAUUACGAUUAUCAAGUAAAAUGUAAAAUUACGGAACGAUACGAGUUUUUUCUGAAUACUACGUAAAAUUGCGCAACAUUACUUUUUUCUCAUAAUAUUGUAUAAAAUUACAUAGUAUAACUAUUUUAGUUUCGUAAUACGAUUAUUUUUUCAAGUAAUGUGUAAAAUGGAACGAUAAGACUAAUGACGCAAAAUUUUGUAACUACUUUCAAAUUUGCCUCAAAUUACAUAGCAUAACGACUUGUCUUGCCAUAUUACAAUUAUUUUUUUUUUGUUAUAUGUAAAAUUAUGUUACGAUGAGACUUUUCAUACGUAAAUUUACUCAACAUCUCCAAAUAACGCAUAAAAUUACGUAGCAUCAUGACUUGAGUCUCGCAAUAUUACGACGAACGAUACUUUUCUCGGAAACCUAUGUAAAAUGACCGGUUUUUCUUUUUAAGUUUACGACUUCGAUCUCAUUAUUUUAUUAUUUAUGACUUAUAAUAUGACGAAAAUAACGUAAUAUUACAACUUUAUUCUCGUGAACUUUUUUUUUUUCUUUCUUUGUGUGAUCGUAUUUCGUAAUACAAGUCAAAUGUUUUGAGUUUACGCUGGGAAAAAGGACUUUCCAGCCUUUAGUAUUUCGACACCGUUUACCAAACUACCGUAUUCAAAGCUGUGCAAAAAAGUGAACACAGUAAAUGCACUUUCUAUGUGGAUGCUUUUCGUUUUGAAUUCCGAUUUUGUACUUUUUUUACGUUCUAAGUUCAGCAGACAUGUUUACAUUGUGAUUUGGUUCAACCACUGUCGUGUGCGGUGUUCUACAUGUUGACUGUAAAUGUUGUACACAUUUAAAGCUUCUAGGAAGAGUUUUUGGGGAGAUAUUAAAAGCAUUUUAACCCUUUUAGGGACAGUGGACAUUUAUUCAAAGUUGCUUUCCUCUAUAUUGGGGGAA